GACGGAGUAAUGUUAUGGAUGAUAUCCUCUAUGACAGUAUUAUAGGGGAUUCCAAUUAUUUCUGCUAGAUGGCACCCUUGCAAAUCCUCACCCUCAAUACGUGGGGUCUUUGGCUGAUAUCCAAGAAACGCUACAAUAGAAUUCUUCACCUGGCGGAGUUCCUCGCAAAUGAUGCGCAACAAAAGCACAAGCUGGACGUGGUUCUUCUCCAGGAGGUCUGGGUGGACACCGACGUGCGCAUCCUUGCCUCAGCCGCCGAGCAGGGGGGUCUGAGCCACUGCAUGCACUUCCGGUCCGGUGUUUUCGGAAGCGGACUCCUCACUCUGUCCAGUCAGCUUGACCGUACACUCUCUGGCUCUGUUGCACAAAUUCCAUUCACCGCAGGUGAUCCGGCCUCCAUCAAUUGUGGUGACUAUCUCGCUGCGAAAGGUGUUGGUUGGACCCGGUUGGCGACCCCUUCCGGUCCGCUGGACGUGUUCAAUACGCACCUGCACGCUAAUUACUCGCACAAGUACGGGAGCAGUACAGGGGCGCAGUACGGCAACCGAGGUGCUGCUAGUCCCGGUGCGCCGAACCACGACUGCAUUCCGCCGCCCGCUGUGGACGAGUUUGCAGCGUUCCGAAUGGCCCAGGUUCUGGAGCUGGCCCGUUUCGUACGACACGUCACCAGCUCGCUUGCCAGUCCCAGCGGCGGCAGUAGCAGGCCACUGGGGGUGGUUCUUGGAGGCGACUUGAACUGCGAACCUCAUACCCUGGAGGCGCAUGUGCUGCGGGCUCUCCUGCCCCGCCUUCAAGACGCCUGGCUAGAGACCCAUGGGUCGCUAGGGGACCCAUCCGAGGCCGAUGCUGCGGGCCACACCUGCAAUGCGAACUGCAGCAGCUUCAAGCCCCGCAGGCAGCGGCCCUCCCGCAUCGACUACGUGUUCACGACUCUUCGAGUGGUAGCCUGUGAGCUAGCGCUCCAGAAAACACCCGAAGGCCACUCCUUCUCCGACCAUAUUGCCGUACAAGUCCGUCUGGAGCUGCCGUCAGCUACAGCUGCUGCUGCUGCGGCAGUAGCAGCAGCAGCAGCACCCGCCGAGCCAUUGUCUCCGGAGCACCAGCAGCAAGCGGGAGCUGCAGCGCGGCGUGUUGCACUGCUUCGGGCGGCCCUAGGGGUACUGGAGGAGGGCGCGCAGCGAGCCGCACAAGCAUCAGCGGGGCACGUGCUCUUUGCGGUCAUCAUGGCCGUACAGGUACGGCGCUAUCGAGGGCGAGAUGGUGGUUGAUUGCAUGCCCUGCUCCUCUGCUUCUUCGAGCCUGCGAUGUCGUACAUGGGCCGUACAGUCAACCCUGUGAUGCGUCAGCUGGUGCCUGCUGCCGUACUGGUGCUGGCGGGGGGCGCGGGGCUGUUUCUCCUGACAGGGUUGGUGGCUGAUGCGGGGCAGACGCGGGCGUUACAACAAGCGUUACAACAGCUACAGGUCACGCUGUCCUCGUCAUCAGCCUUGUGCGGUAGUGGUGGUGGUGGUGGUGGCGAUGUUACAUCUGCAGGUGGCCUAUCCGCAGAGGGGUCGCGCAAGGGGGCCAAAGGGCAGAAACGGCGGUGA